AGCGUGCGACUAUUCUGCGGCACUUGCCGGGGCUCUUUCUGAUUAACUAAUCCACCCAAGUUACUCAGACUCAGCUUUCACCUCCAUUCACCGGAUCGUCUUCCAAUAUGGUUGCACGACACAGGAAUUUCCAGAAUAUGGAUUAUGAUACUCUGCUCAAUGAUGGGUUGGAUCGUGUUCGAGAUACGAUAGGCAACUUGGCUCAAUCUGGACUCACGGAUGCCUGGAUCAAGGAUGUCUUAUGGGACUGCAAUUUUGAAGUGGAGGAGACAGUCCAUUUUGCUAUUGAGGAGAUCGAAAAGAACCGGCUUGCCCAGGAACGUAAAGCCAGUAUGAAAGACCUCCCCCCGCUUCCUCCGGGAGAGAACGACGAGACAACUUCGCGCGAACUCGGCUACGGUGAAUACUCGCCACCUGUGUUCAAUCAGCGCGGCUCCAUCGAAGAAGAGACAACCCCGCGCGAGCGCCGAACGAACCUUCCUCUCAUCGUUCUUGCUCAGCAGAAAUACGGAGGUGGAGGUGUGAUCGAGGAGGAGGAGGAACAUUCAAGCGGUCCAGUGAAGCGUAUCCUGAGCACGAUCAGCGAGAAGACGGAACGGACCGAGGUCUUGUCCCCAUUGUGGGCACCGGGUAACAUCGACCACCCGCGUCUCUCUCUACACACGCUCAAUCGGGUUUCGAGCUCGGUGGCUACGUCAUAUGGGGAGGCCGUGGAUCCUGAGGAGACGACAUUUGGCUCAUUGGACCCCGAUCUCAUCCCUCCGUCGCCUUCUGGAUCAGCGCUGCACAGGUUAUCAAUAUACGAACCUGCCCCAUCGUUGCCACCGUCUGAGGCAGACAGUAUGGAAAGCUCUGCUCUCUUUGGCUCCCGUCGACAUGCUCCCAGUGAGCCGGUUCCUCCCUUGGAUACCAUCCCGGAUAUUCCAGACAUGAAUUCCAAGUCUAGUCGGCCAGUGACGGUUAGUGCGUCACAGCCAGCAAAGAAGUCGAAGCUAGCGCAAUUGGCGAGCAGUCGGGCAUCUUCCUCGAAGAGCGCCAGGUCUGAGAGCUCUCAUACAAGCACGCCGGAAGACGUGGAGUCUGUUAAGACGUAUCCCAAUCUUCGACCAACUUCGCAGUCUAUUCGGCCACUCAGCACGGCUUUGACCACUUCUUCAAGCAUGUCAGCACACGUUCGACGGGCUAUUGCCACUGCGCUUGAAUUUGAGGCGGUCGAGCAGGAGGAUGGGGCCACCGUGAAAUCGGCUGUAACAGCUAAAUCUGGUGCUACCGGCAAGUCUGGUACCUCGGUCAAGUCCUCUGCAACAGCCAAAAGUGGCUCUACCAUCCGGCCUGUUCCACCGCCUGCGCCGAUUGCAUCGAAUAGCAGCAGCCCGUCCCAAAAGCCGCAGUCAAAGCUGGCUCUUCUCGCACAAGCAAACAAGGCUGCUCGUGCUGCUGCUACUGCUGGGAAGCAUCAAAUCGUGCCGACGACCCAGCCGACCUGGAAAGGACCUGUCUUGCCGGAGGAGCACACCGAAUACCUCACACCUAUCGCCAACGGCUCGAGUGUUACGACGGCCAUCACCACAUCGUAUCAAUCUCUGUACUCCCUGACAGACCCGGCGCGCCAGCCCAUGACGAAGGCGCCGUUCGUUGCGCCUCUGCCCAAUCCAGGGACAGAGAUUCCCAAACCCUCUAAAUUGGCUAUGAAGAUGAAAAAGAACCAAGAGAAACCCGUCCCCCAACCGGCUAUCGCCGAACCGCCGCCUCCCCCUGUCUCGCCCAUCUUCUCGCCCAAGCGCACCCGAUCACACGGGACUCCCUCGGCAUUCGGAGCACUGCUUGUUGAUGAGCAAGAGCCAGCGAAGCGCAGAAGCAAGGCCAAAACCAGAUCUGGCCCGCGACACACUGCCCAGAAGAUACCUGAUCUCUUUGCGUUGGCUGGGGACGUCUCGGCUUUUGAUGGCCCGAGUCCGGACGACAUCGUGCUCAAUGCUCGGCGCGACACCUUGACUCGUUUCUUCUUAAUUGUUGUUGUUUUACGGAGUGCUAAUCUAUUUGUUGUGCGAACGAUAGACGCGAAAGAGCGCGAGAAAGCGCAGAAGCAGGCGGCUGCGGCGGCUCGACCUGCACCCGCGACUCCAGGCAAGAAAACACUUGCGACCAAGGCGAACGCGCGUCCGACUGCGAGUGGUUCUUCAACCCCCAAAUCCAAAGCUCCAGUCGAUCAGAGGGAACUCGAUCUGUCUGGGCUGAACUUACUAACGAAAGAGGAGUACAAGACAGAGCCGGCGCCGAAAGUAAGCUUUGCUCGUGACAAGCUAUUGGAGCAAGCCGCCCUGGCGAUCGAGGAGCAAGAAAAAGGCAAGAAGGCGCUGAGCCUGGUUGUCAUCGGCCACGUGGAUGCUGGCAAAUCGACCCUGAUGGGACGGCUGUUGUAUGAAAGUGGGAAGAUGGACGAGAAGACCAAGACGGCCAACGAACGUAAUAGUGGCAAGGCAGGCAAGAGCAGUUUCAGCUGGGCAUGGGGACUAGAUGGCACGACAGAGGAACGAGAAAGGGGAAUCACUAUGGACAUCGCCGUCCAAUCCUUCUCCACACCACAUCGGCAAAUCACUGUGCUUGAUGCUCCGGGCCACAAAGAGUUCGUGCCCAAUAUGAUAUCCGGCGCCGCGCAGGCCGACUGCGCACUACUGGUCGUCGACGCGUCCACAGGGGAAUUCGAGGCCGGUUUUGAGCGAGGCGGACAGACGCGCGAGCAUCUGAUUCUUGCUCGCAGCCUUGGUGUCGCCCAAGUCACCGUGGCUGUGAACAAGCUCGACCAGGUCGAAUGGUCUCGUGAUCGGUUCGAGGAGAUCUGUGGCAUCCUCAAGCCGUUUUUGGUGCAGUCGGGCUUCCACCCGUCCAAGACGAGUUUUGUGCCCGUGGCUGCGAUGAUGGGCGUGAAUCUGGUCACAUGCGACCAGAAGGAAGCGCAAGGGUUGAUCCAAUGGUACAAAGGCCCGACGCUGUUUGAUCUGCUCGACAAACUGGAACCUCCAAAACGGGAUCUGACUACGCCUGUGCGGAUUCCCGUUGCGAAUAUUUUCAAGGGCCAGGGAUCCGGCAUCUCGGUGUCCGGCCGGCUGCUGAGCGGUGUCGUUCAAGUGGGUGAGCGCUUGCGUAUCAUGCCGGGUGACGAGUCGGGCGUCAUCAAAACGAUACAGGUCGAGGAGGAAACCGUGCCUUGGGCUGUCGCAGGGUCCAAUGUGACGCUGGCGCUGGUCAAUGUGGAUCCAAUCCAUUUGACAAUCGGGAGUGUUCUCUGCCCGCCGACCGAUCCCAUCCCGCUGGCCACGACGUUUACGGCGAAAGUGAUCAUCUUCGAUAUCACGGUCCCGAUCAUCACCGGGGCGAUGGUGGAGCUGUUCCACCACUCACACGAUGUUCCUGCGACAGUCUCCAAGCUCAUUGCCACGCUGGACAGGGUCUCGGGCAAGGUGAUCAAGGCGGGGCCUCGGGUGUUGAGCAAAACAUCGUCUGCGGAAGUCCAGAUUACUCUGCGAGCACCGGCGCGCCCCAUCCCGCUCGAGCCCUAUGCCGUCAAUAAGGCAAUGGGUCGGAUCCUUAUCCGGCGGGAAGCAGAGACGAUUGCAGCUGGUGUUGUUGUUGACAUCCUGGGCUGAAUAUUAUCGAUCAUUUAUGCAGAUCUUAUGCCUCACAAUAUCUAAUCUUCUUCACACGAGUACGGGGCUUCACUCUCAGCAGUUAUCCAUCCAGAGUGUAGCAAGUAUAGAAGACGACAUGUAGUACUAGCCAUAAACAAAACAGAAAUCACUUUUUCUCCUCCUUGUCCUUAUCCGAGAACAGACCCUUCAACUUGCCGAAGAUCGAGUGCCGCUUUUUUCGGGCGCUGGCUGUCGUACCGAAUUUGCCGGAUCCCGACGGUGAGGAGGACACCGAGCUCGGGCUCCCAGCCGCAGGGAACGCGUGGUUCUUCUUCGCAGGCGUCGUCGGUGUGCUCGCCUGGGUCGCUUGAGGCGAUGGAGUGCCCGUUUUGGGUGUCGAGGGGGCCGCAGGGGAGGCCGCCGGCGCGGUUGUUUCUGUCACGGGCGCUGCGGUCGUCGUCGGCGUAGUUGUCGGCUCGGGGAUCGCCUGUGUAGCCUCUGGCACUAGUGGUUCGGCAGCCAUGAGCUCCGGUUCGUUCGUAACAACGCCGUUUGCCGGGGAGGCAGGCACAGCGGUCGUGAUCGGCUCGGCGGCAGCGGGCGCGGCGGCAGUCUCGGGAAUGCUGUCUGCGGUAGAGGCAGGAACAGCAGUGGUGAUUGGCUCGGUCGCAGGCGUCGAUCCAGCCACGGGCUCGGCUGCAAGGGGUUUGACGUCCCGAACGGCUGCCUCUUCCGUCACAAUCGGCUCAGGGAUCACCGGUGUGACCUCUGGUGCUGCGUGUUCGGACGAGCCAUUUGGUGUGGAUGCAGGGACAGCGGUCGUAAUCGGCUCCUCCGCCGCAGACGUAGCGGGGGCGACCUCGUCUGAGGGCAACUUGACCUCGCCGUUUUCUUCUACAGGAAGCUAGACCGGCGCAUAAACUUAGAUGCAGUCGAAAUGGAGUACAGUGCUCUUUGCACAUACCUUGGCCGCGUUUAUAGGAUCCACUCCCGUGUGGGUCUCAAUCACCGCGCCCAGCGCCGACGCAAUGUAGCCUAACGCAGAGGACGUGCCCUCCUGGGCCGUGAGCGUGUCCACCACAUCCGCAAUCGUUGUCGUCGUCGUCGGGGCGGCAGCGGCGGCAUCUCCGUUCUCCGCCGCUCCCGCCGGCCCUGCGCCGACAGGCUCAGGCUCCGACUUCAGCGCUGAUGCGACCACGGGCUGCGUGGCCGGCACUGCGGCGGGCUUUGCAGGUGCAACAUAGACAUUGUUGACGUUGCCCGACGCAUCCGCCUCCGUCGGUGCUGCCGCGUCACACACCCACUGCGAGUCGACGACAAACUUGAACAGGAUGCGCUCGCCCCAUGGGACCCGCGUGGACCCGGUGAAGCCGCCCGCGCCCGUGUCCUUGGUGAGGUGCAGCGAGGAGGACCACUGGUCGAACGUGCCGGUCACUAGCGAGCGAGAAGUCGAAGAGGAAGGAUACGUGGAAGAUUAGAUUUGGCUUGCUGAUGGGGAGUAGCAUAGGAGCGUACCGAUGACGGAGGCGGGUUCCGUGGAAGGCCAAGUGAAAUGCACCACAUGCGAAUCGUCGACCAUAGCCUACAAUUGUGGAAUGGAACAAAAAAAGUUCAACGGCACGAUUUCCACGGCUUGUCGAACAGCAAGUUUCGCCGAAGCUCCGCUCGACCAACCAGCGCUCGACGCGAUCACGUGGUAUGACGGAUUUCCAUUUCGCACGAUCGGAAACAGUGUUUGAUUGGUAGGAAGGAUAGCGACGAUAACAAGCAGGACGAUCAUCUCAGGAGCGACACUACACUUCAAGUGUCUCUGUGUCGGAAAGGAUAUGGGGACGGAAGCCGUCCGAGCGUCUCGGCUUUAACAUAUCGGAUUGGCCCAAAUCUGCAGCCAAGCGCUUGAGAACCAGGAUUCGAAGGAGACAAAGACGGAACGGAACGCACAUGUCGGACGUCGGAG